AUGUGUUACCUAGUGCUUUUGAUGGUAGGAUACUCUCAAUUAGGAUUCUCUGAUGACAGGUCAAUAGUGACAGUUUGUGUUGACAAACUUGAAACUAUCGCUGGUAUGAUAAUUGGCCACUCUUCAGAUUUUAUUGGACGUCUCUUGGAAAUGAUGAUCUCUUGUGUUCGUGGUAGAUGUCAGAUAUAUCCGUGGGCAUUUAUUCAUGGAAAUGGGAUCAACACUGGUGCUAUCUUCUUGAAAUUAUCUGUUCAAAGUUCUUGGAGUGUUAUCCCUAUCCACUCAUCUGAAUUAUCACCUCCAGAAUUCCGAGUAUUCGUUGUAGGAGUCUCGUGCCAGCUAGGUAAUCUAGCAGCGAGUGCCUCCCCAACUAUUGAACCUACCAUUGGCGAGCGCUAUCCUCUGUAUGACGAGGAUGGUAACAUAGUUGUGGGGCCAUACAACUAUGGGAAAGUGAUGGUAAUAUCUGUCGGUGUAUUGGUGACAUCCUUUUUUGGGCCUGAGAAUCGCCAUGCCAGUAUCAACUUUGUUAUUUCUGAAGAAGAGAAACUGGACUUGAUGAAUCAAGGUAAAAUUGUUACUCAUAGAAUGUCCAAUGAUCUUGAAGAGCAGAUGGCAGUUGCUUACCUUAAAGAUGAUACUAAAUUGAAAUCUUAA